AUGCUGAAGUUGUACACGGAGUUUCGGCCGCCUCCAGAAGCUCGCACUUAUCGCCCCACGCCAGUCGAAUUCAAGGACCCAAUUCGGUAUAUCAACUCGAUUAGGGAGGAAGCCGAAAAGGAAGGGAUUAUCAAGAUAAUUCCACCAAAGAAUGCCUUCAACCAUCGAUGUGUCAUUAAUCCGGAUACCUACACAAUUGACACUAGGUUUCAGAAAUUGUGUGGAAUUGAUAUGCUAUGUCGUGAUCGAAUGUACUUUAUUAAACAGCUGGAGGUGUUCUGGUUUAACUAUGAUAUAACUUUCACAUGGCCUUAUAUUAAUGAUUGCUAUAUUGAUAUGAAGCGGUUGUACGAAGUAAGUUUGUUUCUUUAUGCUAAAUUGAUGUUAAAGGAUUGUAUUUAUGUGAUAACUGUAGAUUUAGACCUCAAAAAUGGUCUGGAAUAGCCGUUUUUUAUAAAAAAGGUUAUGUACAAUAUCGAAAAAGUGAAAUAGUACCUAAUUUUGUUUUCAAUGUAACUUUUGUGAAACAAUAAGUAAAAGCUUGAAAGUUGGUGCUAAUAUGACUUAUUGAGUUUGUCAUCUAAAACAAGAAUUUGGUUUCUGGAAUUUGCUAAAGUUAAAAAGUUACAGUACAUUUACGGGACCCUAUGGAACUAGUUUUUCGAUAGAAACUCUAAUUUAGUCUAUAAAGCAGGCCUUAAACAAUUCUUUUAGUUAGUAACUCAACAAGGAGGACCAAACGAAGUCACGAAAGCCCAACACUGGCCGGAAAUUGCCAAAACUUUGGGUUUUCAAGCAAAUAAUGGUCAGAAUAUGCGUGAAAUCUACACGAAAUGGCUACAACCUUUCAAGGAAAACUUUUUGGAUCACGAAAAAGUGACAGAAGAUGUGAUUUUACUAGAUCCAAACGAAGAUGUUAAAGCCGAAAACAGUGGAAAAGAAGCUGAAGUGAAGGAAGAACAAAAGGAGGAGGAAGAUGAUGAUGCUCCGCCAUCGAAGCGGUUAAGGAAGGGACGAAUGAUGGCUGGGGUUCGAUGUAAAAAUGUUUUUAAGAGUGAAGCUAGUAAGUGUUUGUUGGUUUUUGAGGGGUUUUAGGCAGUUUUUAGGGCUGGUUGAGGAAUUUGGUUGUUUUAGGUAACAAUUUUCGAACUUUUUUAAUUUUUUAAAAAUAUUUUAGGUAACAAAUUUUUGUUUUUAUAAAUUUUGGAAACGAUUUCUGAAUUUUUCGAUUUUUUUUGAUAUUUUGGGUAACAUAUUUUGGCUUUUUAUGAUUUUUUUCAAAUUUAGGUAACAAAUUUAAAAUUUUUUUUAAUUUUAGGUAAAAAAUGUUUUUUAAGACUUUUUUUUUGUAACUUAGGUAACAAAAACCAGUUUUUUAAAAAAUAUUUAUAAAAAUUUCAAUUUCAGCUUCAAAAAUUACCGGUAAAUGUGGUCUCUGCAUGAAAACAACCGAAGACGGCGACGCCGACUUUAUUAACUGCACCAAUUGUAAUCAAGAGUUCCAUUCCGAGUGUGUUCUGAUGAAACAAUGCAAAACAGUACCAAUGAAAUGGAAAUGCCGAGUUUGUUUGAAGAAAGAGCUAAAGGAGUACGAGUUUUACUUUAUCGACAACGACACGACAAAAACAUUGACACAGUUUAGAACCAAAGCCAAUCAGUUCAAACGGAACUACUUCAAAAUUCCAAAUUCGAAUCCGGUAAGAGUUUUGAUUGUUUUGGCGGGAAAAACGGCAUAUUUUAGGGAUGGAACUUGAGUGGAAGAAUUUUAGUGCACUUAGCACUGAAAAUCUUCCACUAAAUUUUUAUUUUUUAAAUGUUUUAAAAUGGCUUAAAAAUGACUUUUUGGCACUUUUUAGAAGUGGAAGUUUGGUGGAAGAUUUUCAAUGUAUUUUGCACUGAAAAUCUUCCACUCAACUUCCACUUUUAAAGAGUGUUAAAAACACGUUUUCAAGCAAUAUUUUUAGUUUGGUGGAAGAUUUUUAGUGCAAAAUACAUUACAAAUCUUCCACAUCUAUAAUUUGACAUUUCAGGUCUUCGUUUUAAGCUUUUGUUAUUCUUGGCAAAAAUAUGUCAUUUUCAGAGUGUGUCAAUGGUAAAUGUGGACGAAAUUGAAAAGGAAUACUGGAAGAACGUCGCCGAUUUCGAAUCCAAACUUGAGGUCGAGUACGGUGCUGACCUAGAGUCGAAAAAACUGGGCAGUGGAUUUCCACGCAUCACUGACAUUCAUCGAGGCGCGGAUAUGGACCGUAAAGCAUACUUUGCCCGUCAUCCUUGGAACCUGAACAAUCUGCCAGUACUAAACGACUCUGCGCUAUCACAUGUUGGUACCGACAUUAGUGGAAUGGUGGUACCAUGGGUUUACGUGGGCAUGUGUUUCUCCACCUUUUGCUGGCACGUGGAAGAUCAUUGGACCUACAGUAUGAACUAUAUGCACCUGGGCGAGACUAAGGUCUGGUACGGGUUCGGCCGAGAGUACGCGGACAAGUUCGAGGAGGUAAUGAAGCGCAUCUCUCCGGACCUAUUUCAACAAAACCCAACCAUGUUGAACACAAUGCAUAACAUGCUGAACCCCGCGAUUCUAAUGGAAAAUGGCAUUCCAGUCAAAACGAUCAGACAGAACGCUGGCGAGUUUGUUGUAACCUUCCCCAGAGCCUACCACGCCGGAUUCAAUAGUGGUUUGAAUGUGGCAGAAGCCGUCAACUUUGCACCAUGCGACUGGCUGGCCGUGGGAAGACAAUGCGUGGAGAACUACAUGAGAACCUCACGAUGUUGUGUCUUUGCUCACGAUGAACUGAUCUUCAACUUGGCCAACAGUAAGAAGACCUUGAGUUUGGGAAUGCUAGCCGCCGUCUUCGAUGAACUGGAAGAGAUUUACCGAAGAGAAGUAGCCUUCAGAAAACAGCUGGGCGAAGCAAAUUGCAAAAAUUCAGAAUUCUGCGAAUUCGGCAACCUUCCAGAUGACGACAGAAGCUGCGCAAUAUGUGGUACCACGUUGUACGUAACUGGACUAGAGUACCGUGGUGAAAAACAAAGCUACUUUGGAUGCUCAAGACAUUUCCGGACACUGAUCAAGAAGUUUGGUCGCGAAAACAUGAUCGUACGCUACAGUCUAACCCUUCAACAAAUGAGCAUGAUGAAACAGUCAAUAGUACAAAAGGUACACGCGGGCAACGAAUGGCGAAAACAAGUCAAAAUAGCCAUGACGACACGAAUCCCAUACCGCGAAGCCAACUCCAUGCUAGCCAUCUUCCAAAAGCAACAACUACCGUCCUGCGAGGAGAAGGAACAACUACAGAACGCCAUGAAUAUCCACAACGAAUACUUCAUGACGGCCAAUAGAAUUCUAGCCGCGAAGAUCAAGUUAAGGGACGAAACCCGAAUCCAAAGAGCUGAUGACCGUGUGUCACCACACAGCUUGAUGGAGAUGAUCAAACACAUGAAACGACUGGUAGUUCAUGAUCAAUCGACAAUCGAUAGACUGGAGGCAAGAUAUAGAGACUACCUGAAGUGGACAUGGAGAUACAAUCAAAUAUCAACCAAAGAGAAAGACUUGUCUCAGCUAGAGUUCAUCCAAGCCAUGGAGAAGAUCCAACAAGAAGCCGAAGCCCUCAACAUGAAGUUAGAUGAGAUAGACGAGGUCAAGUACAUCAUCAAGGUAGCCAAUUGGAAGUUGAGGGUGGAUACCCUGAUUCACAUGUCAAAACAAUCAGAAGACUUGGAUACGGAUCAUGACUUCUCCUGCCGAGCUACGAUGACGGAACUGGAUGAACUCAGGUUCUACGGCCGAAGUCAUCAAACAAACAAAAGGGUUCAGAAUGCAACGGCAUUGGUCGUGGAGCUGGAUAGAAUGAGGGCAUUGGCGGUUAGGAAGCUGGAUGAGGUAGGGUUUUUAAAAUUAAAAAAAAAUGGACGUUAAGUGGAAGUUGUGUAUUGUAAUUUGCACUGAAAAUCUUUCACUCGACUUCCAUUUUUAAAAAGUCUUCAAAUGGCCUAAAAACACGUUUUUGAAUGUUUUUGGAAGUAGAAGUUGGGUGGAAGAAUUGUAAUGUAUUUUGCACUGAAAAUGUUCCACUUAACUUCCACUCUUGAAAAGUUUCAAAAACUUGUUUUUAGGCAAUUUUAAGACAUUUUAAAAGUGGAACUUUGGUGGAAGAUUUUUAGUGCAAAUUACAUUGCAAAUCUUCCACAGAACUUCCACUUUUUUUGAAUUGCGAUUUUGGCUUUUAAGCCAAACUUUUACAUCUUUAAACAAUGUUUAUCGUUUUGAAACGCUUAAAAAUAAGCCUAAAACCUUAUUUUUCAAAAAAUAACUAUUAAAGUCUUUUUGAAAACUAAUUUUCAAAGCUUUUUGCAGUUAGAAUCCUACUUCUCACCUACAACCUCUUACAAUCUGGAAGAAUCCCGUGGUUUUGAAGAUGUGAUGCAAUUCGCCGAAGGGCUUCGAGUUAUUCAUUGGUUCACUUCGGACGAAUUGGAAGAUUUUCGGACGGAAUUCAAGAAUCUCGAAGAUUUACACGAAGAAAUAUUGGCAUUCAGCGAGAAUGACGUGUACAAGUUGAGCGGGGUUUAUCAGUUGAUGAGGAAGAUCACUAAGAAUCCGUGGGUUUUAAAUUUCUUUGAAAUUUUUAAAUUUUUUUGAAAAUUUUUAAAAAAAAAUUAAAUUUUCAGCCUCCUAAUCAACCCAGUCGAGCUAGACCUACUGGAAGAGAAACGUGAUGCCAUUCUCGCCUUCAUCGAACAAACAUACACAUUAAUGCUGAAAGAGCGAACCUAUCACAGUGUAGUUCAAUGUCUCCUACCACGACGAGACCUAAUCAGUAUGGCGGAAGAAGCGACCGAAAAACUGUACAAACAGCACAGAGAUGGGUACUCGGAUGAGUGGCCAGAACUGAAAAAUAUCAACACUAUUCAUCAUCUUAGGAGCUUGGUAAGAAGGGUGGCUGGGUAGGGUUGGCGGGGUGAUAGUAGGGGACUGUUGUUGAAGGGGUGCUAGGGUAGUGUUGGUGAGGUCUUAGUAGAUGUACUGACGGUGUGCUGGUACUAUUUUUUACUUUUCUAAUGUCAUAAAAUGGCUUAAAACACGUUUUUAACACUAUUUGAAAAUGGAACUUGAGUGGAAGAUUUGUAAUGUAAUUUGCACAGAAAAUCUUUCACUAAACUUUCAUUUUAAAAUGUCUUAAAAUGGCCGGUAAACGCGUUUUUGACACUUUUUAGAAGUGGAAGUUCAGUGGAAGAUUUUCAAUGUAAUUUGCACUGAAAAUCUUCCACUCUACUUUCAUUUUUUAAAACGCCUUAAAAUGGCUGAAAAAUUAUCUUAUACUAUUUUUGGUUUAUGGUAGGGAAUUUUACGCUUUUAGUUCCCCGUAUACGACGCCGACGAAACGAUACGACUAUUGUCAAAAGCCAGAGAGAAAAACCUUCAUAUGCCUGCGUCCAAAUCUUGUAUCGACUCCCCAACCUGCUCCAAAAAGCUUACAGAAGAAGAUAAAGCAGACACGAUUCAGUGUUUUGUCUGUCUACAAUCUCAACAUGUGUCGUGUGCGUUAUGGUCGUAUGCGCUAGACAACUACCCGGAAGGCCUAUACCUAUGUCAUCGUUGUUGUAGGUCGGAACGGCCGCUGAUUGAAGAUGUUCGAAAAAUGGUCGCAAAUGCGCCACAAUUGGCACUGGAAGUGGAGCUGGUCCGGCUGGCAACUCAAGACGUUCAAAAGCAAUGGAACAGUGCAAGGGAAAGUCAGGCUCAAGGGUAAGGUUUUUGGCUUUUUUGGGCUUGUUUUUUGCAUUUUUAAGUUUAAUUUUGAAGUGUGAGGCUUAGUAAGUGUUUAGGUUUAUUUUUGUGUUAUUAGGCUUAUUUUUGAAUUUUUAGGCUUAGUUGUGACUUUUAGGCUUGUUUUUGAAAUUUUAGGCUUAUUUUUCUAUUUUUAGGCUUAUUUUUGAAAUUUUUGGCUUAUUUUUGAAUUGUCAGUCUCAUUUUUGAUAUUGUAAGCGUAGUUUUAAUUUUUAGGCUUACUUUUGAAGUUUUAGGCGUAUUUUUGCGUUUUAGGCUUCUUUUUGUGUUUUUGGCUUAUUUAGGCUUGUUUUUGAAUUUCAAGCCUAGUCUUGAGUUUUAGGUUUCUUUUUGGGUCUUUAGGCUUACUUUUUGAAUUUUCAUGCUUAUUUUUGAUCUUUUGGGCUUGUUUUUGAUAUCGUAGGCUUACUUAUUUAUCUUAGGCUUAUUUUUGAAUUUUUAGGCUUUGUUUAUAAUUUUAGGCGUAGUUUUACCUAUGCGGCUUAUUUUUGAAGUUUUAGGCGUAUUUUUACGUUAUAGGCUUCUUUUUGGGUUGUUAGGCUUAUUUUUUAAUUUUUAGGCUUACUUUUGAUUUUUUAGGCUCACUUUUGAGAUUUAGGUUUAUUUUUGGGUUUUAGGCUUCUUUCAGGUUUUUUAGCUCUCUAUUGUAUGUCUAUUUUAACAUUAAUUAAAAAAUUUUAUCUAAAAAAUGGUUAAAAUUUUAGAUCGAUCACUCCCCUCCACUACGCCCUAACCCUCGAACUCUACGACUCGAAAAUUUUUAACGCACUUUAUGAACGGUUUGGGCCAAAAUUCGACGAGGAACAAAAGCAAAAAUGGCGCAGAAUCAGAGAAAACAACCGUGAAAUGCCACUAACAACGAAUGGCACCCGAGACACGAUACCAACCUUUGCAAAGAAGCGAAAGUACCGGUGUAUGAGGAUACGAACCUUAGCCACACUGCCGUUCAGAAGGAAAGCUAGUCUUGUGGAGAAGUGCGCCAGUGAGACGUGUCUUCAGUUCAGAGGUGAGGAUGGUUGAAGUGGGAGUAAUUUGGUUUUUUGACGAGGUUAGGGUAGAUUCUGAUAUUGGGUUUGCAUGGGACGGAUUUUUGUAUUUUGGGGGGGGUAGGGUAGACCGAUUUUUUUUUCAAUUUGCUAUCUUAAAACAACUAUUUUUAGGAGUUGUGAUCUUUGCAAAGGGUGGUAAAAAUUUUUUUUUGGGGCGGAAGGUAGGGUAGAACGAAAAUUUUUUUUUUGAUUUUUCAAAAGUGACCGUUUUUUAGAGCUGUGAUAUUUGCAAUAGGGGGUAGUAAAAUUUUUUUUGGAGAAGGGUUAAAAAAUUUUCAAAAAUUUUUGAGGCUUUAUAUUUUUACCCGCCUUUUUAAAAAAAGCUAUUUAUUAAUGAUAGUGUACUAAAUAUCGUCAAAUUUCUAGCCGAUUCCUACCGCGAACUCCAGUGCAUUCUAUGCGAAAAAUGGUACCACUUGGCGUGCACGGAUGUACCAUUCGAAGACGCAAAAAUGAUCACAUCAUUCCAUUGCAACAAGUGCAGCACGAACUCGCAACCCAAGAAUCUCCAUGCUGCCAUGCCUCGUUUGGAGCCACAAAACGAGCUGAUCAUCCUAGAGUAA